AUGAAUAAAUUUGGUCAUGUCCAAUUAAAUGAUGAUGUUAUGAAUGGUUUAACUUGUGCUUAUCUGCAACUAUGUUAUGAUUUAAAAACAAAAAAGAAUGAUAAUUAUUUUGAUUUACGUGAUUUUUAUCCAUUAAUUAAAGGCAUUGUUAAAGAAUUUUGUCAAAUAUUAGAAAAAAUAUCAAAUUUUGAUAUAAAUACAAUCCAUUUACCACCGUUAUAUGCUUCUCAUUUUGUUAUUUACUCAUUAGCCAUUAAAUUAUUACAUGCACCAGCCACGGAUGAUGAAAUAGAUUUUGCCAUUCAAUUGAUUCAUUAUUAUUGUAAAACAGCACCAUUAGUAUACGAUCCAUCUAUUGAAUUAUUUUCAUUACAUGCUCAUCUUCAUCUUCCAACAUAA